AUGGUCUGUAGUGACCAGAGCGACCACACACCCACGGGUUCCGCGGCAUACUUGACCGACCAAGCUGCAUAUGACAAGUUGCUCCGGUCAUAUCCAGUGACGUUGGACGGGGUGCCACCCAAGCGGUCUAAGCGGGUAUCCCUGGCUGGGCAGUACGAAUGUUACUGCUAUGAUCGCUGGCGUAGUGAACAGCUCGAGCUUCGGGUGCAGCAUGUUCUAGAGCACUUUGCCCGUAGACUGCCCUCUGAAUCCAGAGUCAAGGCCUGGAUUGAGAAGCAAGGGUGGUCUUCAAACAUUUCAGAUGCUGCAUCCAUCGUCCAGCAGUGGAAGCCAUCUGGGGGCAUUGACGUUGCGAUGAACAGUGCUGUGCUACAGAAGUUUUGCAGGACGCAGAGGUGGAAGGGACUCUCAGUGGCAGAGAUAGAGGGGGAGGGUAGGGGAGUGGUAGUUACAAGGCCUUUUGCCUGGGGGGAAGUCGUGUGUGACUACCACGGUAAAGUGGUGUCUAGACAGGAGGGCUUAGUGACCCAUGCAGCAACAGCAGAGCAAGAGAGUGGGUACAUGUUCUUUUACAAUUCUGGACAGGUAGCCCGUUGUAUUGAUGCUCACGAGGAAGAGUGUCUGUGCCAUCCAGGAAUGUACACAUUUAACCGUCUAAUUAACCACUCCUCCAAGAAGGCAAAUUUACGACCACGGUUGUAUAGUGUAGAUGGCAAAGACGUAAUCCUCUUCACUGCCAUACGCAAUAUUAAAGUUCAAGAGGAGCUCCUGUUUGAUUACGGCGUCAACAGGAAGUCUUUUGCUGGGGAGGGGUUAGAUUUAGUAUGGCUGUAGUCCCUGCAGCAAAAAUCUGAACUGUAAAUUUAAAUAAAUAUGUAGAUAGAACUGUAAAUAUUAGGGUUAGUUAGAAUAAUGCUAUUGUCUUCCAAAUGAAGGCCCUCUGACUCUAAGAUCCCCAGCAGGCUUAAGUUCUUCACUGUGGACACACUGCACUCUAACAAAUAUAUUCAAAGCUCUGUAUCUUCAUAGGACAAUAUCAAAUUGCAAAACGUCAAUAGAACGUUUUGUAGAGCAUGUCAAGAGCUAUCCAAGGACAUAAGGGUUUAGUCUGUAUCUUGUACACAGCCAGAGAUAUGGACCGGUAAACAUGGCUUUUCUAUAGCCGAAAAUAGUGCACCUCAGGCGGCCGCAUGACUGCUGUGACCCGCUGGACUGCUUUUAUCUAGGGCCCAUUUUGAACACACUUAACUAAACAAAACUAGAUCUAUCAACAUGGAAUCUAACUCAAGGACAUUCCCUUUCCAAUGAGCUGGGAGACCAGGGGCCUCAUGUACUAAGGGUGCGUACGCACAAAAACAUUGCGUACGCCAUAUUUCACGCUCACGGUCAGAUGUACUAAAUUUGACUUGAACGUGAGAAAGUGCGUUCCCCCACGGCACUUUUGUUUCGGGCGUACGCCUUUUUUUUGUGCGUAUAUAUAUUGUGUUUUUGUCAUUUGGCGACACUUAGUGGCGAUGCAUUGAAAUGACAACUAAUAAGAUAUCCUUUAUGCACACAUUGUAGUAAGCAUUAUUGGGUAAAAUAAAGUCAAUUAAACAGACAAUUUCAUUGGUUUGCAGAAAUAAUCGUUCAAUAUAAUCGUGUUUCCACUUAGCCUAGAUUAUAUGCAUAAAAGUAUGCUGGAGUUGUUGGAGUUGGC